AUGAGCCAGGAUAAUCCAGCCUUUUCGGAUCAGUCACCGCACGAGAAUGGCGGCGGCGGCAGUGUGCCGGGGUCCGCGACUUCCUACGACAGGGGGAAGCGCUCUGUCGUCAGUCUCACUGGUGGCGACCGGGAUAAUCUCAGUGACAGCGGUGCGAAGGCGACGUCGGAGUCUGAUCAACCUCCACCGUACAGCAGGUACCUGGCGGCACUGGUGCACAUGUUUAAAGGCAGCUUAGGGACGGGCAUCAUGGCGGUGCCGAACGCCUUCAUGCACUCUGGGUACAUCAUGGGCGUGAUCGGCACGCUUUUUGUCGGCGUGAUGUGCACCUACUCGAUGCACAUGCUGGUGCGGGCGCGUUACGAGCUGAGCAAGCGGCGUCGCGAGCCCAGCCUCACCUACCAGGAGACGGCAGUGGCGGCGCUGGAGGCCGGGCCGCGCUGUCUGCGGCCCAUGGCGUCCUACGCCGGGCAUAUUGUGAACGUCUUCAUGUUAGUCUUUCAACUGGGAAGCUGCUGCGUGUACGUGGUAUUCAUCAGCAGCAAUAUAAAGGCAGUUGUGGACGAGUACUACAGUGGGCUGGACCUGAGGAUCUACAUGUUGAUUUUGUUGCUGCCACUCAUACUGAUAAAUAUGGUGCGCAACCUGAAGCUCCUGGCUCCAUUCACAACGCUCGCCAGCCUCCUGACCAUAGCAGGAUUCGGCAUCACCUUCUACUACCUGGUGAUCGACUCGCCUACACUCGACGACAAAGUGCCUUUUGGAACGCUAGAAGAAUUUCCUCUCUUCCUCGGAACGGUGCUUUUCUCACUAGAGGCGAUUGGUGUUAUUCUACCACUGGAGGACAGCAUGAAAACUCCGAAGAGAUUCCGUGAGCCGCUUGGAGUACUUAACAUAGCCAUGGUUCUCGUCGUCUCUCUGUUCACGGUAACCGGAUUCCUUGGGUACAUGAAGUAUGGGGAGAAGACGGAAGGAAGUAUCACGCUCAGCCUGCCCAACAAAGAAAAACUUGCACAAUCUGCCAAAUUAAUGUUGGCAAUUGCAAUUUUUGUAAGCCACAGUCUCCAGAACUAUGUGAAUAUUGAGAUUGUAUGGAAUGGUUACCUAAUGGAAAAGUUACAGAAACAUCCUUAUAAGAUGUUGUUUGAAUACCUUGUUCGUAUCUUUCUUGUCACUAUUUCAUUCGUUCUGGCAGUAGCAGUUCCAAAUUUGGAGCUGUUUAUAUCUCUGUUUGGUGCUCUCUGCCUGUCAGCUAUUGGAAUUGCUUUCCCAGCCAUAAUAUAUUGCCUCUGCGUCUGGCACAAUGAAACCACUCAAUUCAAAUUUGUACUGUUGAUUUUGCGAACUGGUUUUAUAGUCUUGUUUGCUGUGGUGGGAUUUGCUGUAGGAACUUACACCUCACUUUCAAACAUUGUCAUUGAAUUCAGCUGA